AUGUUCGUAGGUUUGGAGGAUUUGCCGCGCAUUGCGGCUCCGGAGGAGGAUGGCUCAACAUUUUUGGCCAACGCGAUCAUCAAGGCGAAUUACUACUCUCGACAUUUCGGAGAGAUUGCACUCGCCGAUGAUUCGGGUCUGGUGGUUGAUGCGCUGGACGGAGCACCGGGGGUUCACUCCGCGCGCUACGGCGGCGACGGGAUUUCGGACAUGGACCGGUUGUAUCUCUUGUUAAAGAAGCUGGAAGGCGUGCCUGAACGGAAUCGGACAGCGCGCUUCGAGUGCGCGAUUGUGGUAGCCAACCCUGGAGGCGACUUCAUGCACGCCACAGGGACUGUCGAGGGGCGGAUCAUCUUUGAACCUCGAGGGCAAAAUGGAUUCGGCUAUGAUCCGAUUUUCGUGCCCGAAGGCCAGACUCGAACAACUGCGGAGAUGAGCGCCGUCGAGAAGGACUCGCUGAGUCAUCGAGGCCGUGCCAUGGCGGCGAUUAUUCCCGCGCUGAACGAUCUUGUACCCGGCUCGUGA